GAGCCUAUCGCCGGGAGCGCGGAGCGCAAAUAAAUGUAGCGCGGUGGCGCGGGCCGGCAGCUCUGUCCGUGGGGCUGCGGUGCAGCCAUGCAGUUCCCGCACCCGGGGCCCGCGGCUGCGCCUGCCGUGGGAGUACCGCUGUACGCGCCCACGCCGCUGCUGCAGCCCGCUCACCCGACGCCCUUCUACAUCGACGACAUCCUGGGUCGCGGGCCCGCCGCGCCCACGCCCACCCCCACGCUGCCAUCUCCCAACUCCUCCUUCACCAGCCUCGUGUCCUCCUACCGGACCCCGGUGUACGAGCCCACGCCGGUCCACCCCGCCUUCUCGCACCACCCCGCCGCCGCGCUGGCCGCCGCCUACGGUCCCGGUGGCUUCGGAGGCCCUCUGUACCCCUUCCCGCGGACGGUGAACGACUACACGCACGCCCUGCUCCGCCACGACCCCUUGGGCAAGCCCCUGCUCUGGAGCCCCUUCCUACAACGGCCCCUGCACAAAAGGAAAGGCGGUCAAGUGAGGUUCUCCAACGACCAGACCAUCGAACUGGAGAAGAAGUUCGAGACUCAGAAAUACCUCUCCCCGCCUGAGAGGAAGCGUCUGGCUAAGAUGUUGCAGCUCAGUGAGAGACAGGUCAAAACCUGGUUUCAGAAUCGACGCGCUAAAUGGAGAAGACUGAAACAGGAGAACCCUCAAAGCAAUAAAAAGGAUGAGUUGGACAAUUUGGACGCUUCCUGUGGCCAGGGCCAGGACUCGCCCAGUGAGCAGAGUAAAGGUGCCUCUCUGGAUACUUCUCAGUGUUCACCUUCCCCUGCUUCUCGGGAAGACUCCGAGAUCUCAGAGGAUUCGGACCAGGAAGUGGACAUUGAGGGUGACAAAGGCUACUUUAAUGCUGGAUGAUGGUCACCGGCAUCGUCCAGAGACUGGACCUGCGGAUAAUGUUUUUCUACAAACUGGAAGACUAUGGGAGAGAAAACGAAUGUCAUUCUUGUAGUGUUCUGAAACUGUUUAGUACACUGGCAUAAUUAACAAAUAUGCAUUGAAACCUUAAUUUUGACUUUACAGAUCCUAUAUAUAUACAUAUAUAUGUAUAUAUACACACACACACACCAGUUUUAAGUUGCUUUGAUGAAGUGGCUUAAUGUAUCCCCAUUAAUUUCUAUUUAUGAGAAGUAAUUUGAACUUUCAUUUAAAACUUAAAUUAUAACUUUAAAGGUUUUAAUAGGCUGUGCUUGAAUGACUUUUCCUAAAUCUGUGGCCAUACCCUCAGACUUCAGAGGGUCACUUAGAAAGGGGGCCCACAUUUGUGGCUUCUUGGAGCAGUUUAAAAGGACACACUCGACUUUUACAUAACACCUUACAUUGCUGCCUUAGCUCCAAUGCCGUUCCUGAGCACCUGGCUCCAGGAGUGUGCUCUUAUAAGCAAGAUAGUUGAUAAGGUUCUGAAAAUCUUGUUUUGCUCACCCAGUGCCUUUGUUAAGGGAUGGCACAGUCGGACAGUCAGGGAAGCCGACUCGACUCCUUUGUGACUGCAGGUAAUCCCAUGUGAACUAGAACUAGCAGGACAAUUAAAUGUAAGUAGAUUGUAGAUAGUGUGUUUUAUAGAAACAAUGUAUAGCAUGUAUAUAGAAUUAUUCCGUGUAAAAAUCCUGCCAAAAUGAUGUUUGAUUUUUUUUUAAAGAAUUUUUUUACUUGAUGAGUUAACUUUUGUGACCCUG